ACUCGUGAUUCCCACGUGUUUCGUCGCUGUUGUUCUUAUUGGCUAUAACACUCGGCGCACAUCUCAACACGAGACAUUAGUUGGAAUCCGUCAUCAGGUAGGUCCGGGUCUCAAUGAAUCUCCAACUCGCUUGAUCAAUCCCCAGUCACAUCUCUCCGAAAUAUUCCCUCGUUCUAUUCUAUUUCGCGGGAAUAUUCUCUGAAUUCGGCAUCAUGCUUUCACCACCACAUGAUGGCGAAAUUUACAGCUCCUGAUUUUCCAGAUUUCUUUGACAUUAAAUUCAUCAAUUAAAUUUAAUAUUCCGAUGCACGUGGAGUUUGAGAAUUCUUGGGGCGACAACUGAAGAAUUCAAUCAUUCAGGAGUUUUCAAGAUAUAUUUCAGAUAUCAUGACAGCUGUAUUACAGGCAUUCCUUCUUCAAGUCAUUAGUUUAAUCGCCGUGAGGGCAGCCCCAGUAUUCGAUCUAAAAUACGUCACGGCGGUGUUUCGCCAUGGAGCUCGCGCCCCUGAUACCAACGGUGCUGAAAGGUUCCCGAAUGAUCCCUACCUGCAUGAUGAUUUCUUCCCGCAAGGGGUGGGAGGAUUGACCAACGACGGCAAAAAACGCGAGUACGAGCUCGGACAAUUGAUUAGAACCCUCUACGGAGGCUUACUAGGAGAUAUUUACUUUCCAUCGUCUGUCGUGGCUCGCAGUACUGAUUACGAGAGAACGAAAAUGUCCCUGCAACUAGUUCUAGCUGGAAUAUUCCCUCCAGUCAAGGCUCAACAGUGGAACCCUAACCUGAACUGGCAACCGAUGAUCGCUAAUUACGUACCGAGUAAUGAGGACGUCCUCAUGAUCCCUGAGGAGUGUCCGCAAUAUUUGGAAGAAUUCCAGAGAGUAAAAAAACUACCGGAAGUGCAGGAGAGGUUGAAUGAAUUCAGCGGCUUGCUUAAGAAUUUGUCAGAUUGGACGGGGAAGAAUAUGAGCAUUCCCAAUGACAUGUUCAACCUUUAUCACGCCCUGAUGUCGGAAUCAUCGAUGGGUCUUGCACUUCCUCAAUGGGCGAAUCAUAUCUUCCCUGAGGGUCUGUUGUUGAACGGGACUAUUCUGGAGUACGAUAUCGUCAGUUACAAUGAGAAACUGAAGAGACUCAAUGGAGGUAUGCUCCUGAAGUAUAUUACAGAGACUAUGGAGAGUGUUAUCAACGGCGCCAACAAAAGAAAAAUUUCCCUGCUCAGUGGCCACGAGACGAAUGUUGCUGCCCUCCUCAAAACACUUGGGAUUUACUAUCCCCACGUUCCCGAAUACUCCAGUGCUAUAUUCGUCGAGUUACUUGACGGUGGCGGGGAGUAUUACGUCAGGGUUCGAUAUUACCUGGGGAUUCCCCCUCGUGUCAUCGAAAAGGCCAUUCCCGGAUGUGACUCUCCCUGCCCCCUCGCGGAAUUUAUGAAUCUGUUGGCCGGAGUCAUACCCACAGACGAGGACAUGGUCUGCCCGAGGAAGAAAUAACGAAUCAAGUGAUUACAAUGAUAAUGGCAGCGUCACUGGUCUCAAACAGAGAGAACUAAAUCAGUAGCGAAGUGAUCAAACGGUUUAAGUCAAUUUAGUUUUUAGUUGAGUUUUCCAGAAAUAUUUCCGAA